AGGAGAGCAGAAGAUCUAGAGAGAGAGAGAGAGAGAGAGAGAGAGAGAGAGAGAGAGGCUGGCCCGUCCAUGAGUGCGCCUCGACCGAAAUGUCCCAGCAGCAGGAGAGGACAGCCGGACAGUGAGAGGUGUGUGUGAGACUGAGAGCAGUCUCUGUCACCAUCGCGCCGACGCGCCGAGCAGCAUCAGCAUCAGCAUCAGCACCCCUCCGCAUCCUGCGCAUCAUCCCCGUCGCCACAGCGCCGCGGAGCAGAUCCGCAUCUGAGCGAGGACCAGGUUGGCUGCCUCCUCUGCAACCCAGCUGAUCCCAACCGCUCCCGAUCCGAUUCUAUUGCAGUCAAGCCAGGCCCAGAUGAUGAAGAACUUACUGUGUCUGCUGGUUUUCAGCUUGGUGGCACUAAAGGAAGCUGCUGGUGGUGAUGUGUGUGUGUCGGGGCAUGACAGUGGGCCGGUGUUCGAGGAACAACCAAGCGGUUUGAUUUACCCAGAGGGCCUGAGUGAAGGCAAGGUGACGCUCAGCUGUCAGGCCAGAGCCAGUCCGGCUGCUUCCUACAGAUGGCUCGUGAACGGCAGCGACGUGGCACUUGGUUUGGACCUGCGCUACACCCUGGUGGCCGGAAGCCUGGUGAUCAGCAGUCCCGAGUCUGUCCGAGACACAGGCUCGUACCAGUGUCUGGCCAUCAACCGCUGUGGAACCAUCAUCAGCAGAGCGGCGAACCUCAAAUUUGGCUACCUCCAUGACUUCCCUCCAGACAGCAGGAGUCCUCAGACAGCGUAUGAGGGUAUGGGAAGUUUCGUGGCCUGCCAGCCGCCUCCACAUUACCCAGCUCUGUCCUACCGCUGGCUCAUCAACGAAUUUCCCAACUUCAUCAAGAAAGACGACGGCCGCUGGUUCGUGUCGCAGGUCACGGGGAACCUGUAUGUGGCGAGAGCAGAGCCAAACGACACGGGGAGCUACUUCUGCUUCACCACCAUCAACAUGGACAUCAGCACCAAGAGCACCUUCAGCAAAGCCAACCAGCUCACCGUGCUGCCCGACGCCAAUCCCAGGAAGUCAGCUCCCAACAUUAAAGUGCGCUUCCCAGCAGAGACCUACGCCCUGGCAGGGCACACCACCCCGCUAGAGUGCUUCGCCUACGGAAAUCCAGUGCCAAAACUGCGCUGGCGGAAGGUGGACGGACUGAUGCCGUCCAAGGCAGGUGCCUCCGCAGAGGGUCCCACCCUCGUCCUGCCAGAGCUGUCCUUCGACGAUGAGGGCGUGUACGAGUGUGAAGCCUACAACUCAGAGGGAAGCGAUACAUACCAGGGACGCAUCAGCGUGCAAGCUCAGCCUGAGUGGUUGCAGGUGAUGAGCGACUCAGAGGUGGAGAUCAGCUCAGAGCUGCACUGGAGCUGUGUCGCCGCUGGCAAACCGCGACCCUCCAUACGCUGGCUGCGCAACGGACUGCCACUCAGCACGCAGGACCGGGUGGAGGUGAAUGGAGCUCGUCUCAAAAUCAGUAACCUGGCCCUGGAGGAUUCUGGGAUGUACCAGUGUGUGGCUGAAAACAAGCACGGCACCAUCUACUCCACCGCCGAGCUCAGAGUCCAGGUCCAGGCCCCAGACUUCAGAUCGAAUCCAGUGCGAAAGCUGAUCCCAGCAGCCAGAGGAGGGCAGGUGAUGAUCGAGUGUCGCCCCCGCGCUGCCCCGAAGCCCAGCCUGUUCUGGAGCCGUGGCACGGAGCUGCUCACCAACAGCAGCAGAGUCACAGUGACGUCAGAUGGAAUCUUGUGGAUCCACAACAUCAGCAGAGCAGAUGAAGGGAAGUACACCUGUUUCGCUGAAAACUACUUGGGCAAAGCCAACAGCACCGGGCAUGUGUCUGUCAGAGAUGCCACUAAGAUCACGCUGGCUCCUUCCAAUGCCGACAUCAACCAGGGGGAGAAUGUGACGCUGCAGUGUCACGCAUCCCAUGACCCCACCAUGGACCUGACCUUCACCUGGGCCCUCAACGGGGUCCUGCUGGAUGUGGAGGACUCCGGCGGGCCGUACCACCGGGUGGAGGGGAAGGAAAACAUCGGUGAUCUGUUGAUUGUGAACACACAGCUGAGUCAAGCGGGGGUUUACACGUGCAUGGCUCAGACCGUGGUGGACAGCGCCUCAGCCUCGGCUAAACUAGUGGUACGAGGACCCCCGGGACCUCCCGGAGGUUUACUAGUGAAGAAUGUUGCCGAGACGUCGGUGGAGCUCCGGUGGAGUCGUGGUUACGACAAUCACAGUCCCAUUGGCAAAUACAUCAUCAUGGGCCGAUCCUCACUGUCGUCGCAGUGGAAGAAAAUGAGGACAGACCCAGUGAACAUUGAGGGGAACGCAGAGUCGGCUCGUGUGAUGGGACUGAUACCCUGGAUGGAUUAUGAGUUCCAGAUCAUUGCCAGCAACAUCCUGGGCAGCGGCGAGCCCAGCGUGCCCUCGCAGACCAUUCGCACACAGCAAGCAGCUCCCACAGUGGCCCCCAGUGGACUCGCGGGAGGCGGAGGAGACCGCAAUGAACUCAUCGUUACCUGGACGCCCAUGGCCAGGGAGUACCAGAACGGCGACAGCUUCGGCUACAUCCUGGCGUUUAGGAGGAAGGACGCGACGCUGUGGACGGUGGCGCGCGUCCCUCACGUGGAGUCCUCCCGCUACGUUUACUACAACGAGAGCCUGACACCGUACAGCCCCUUCGAGGUGAAGAUCAAAGCCUAUAACCGCAGAGGAGAAGGUCCGUUCAGCCAGAUCGCAGUGGUGCACUCUGCAGAGGAAGAGCCGACAGUGGGGCCGUCCAACAUCAACGCCACGGCACUCACCGCCUUCGACGUCCAGGUUUCAUGGGAGCCCGUUCAGCAGCUCAGCGCCAACGGCAUCCUGAGAGGAUACGAGAUCCGAUACUGGCGGCAGCAUGAGCGGGAAGCGGCGGCCGACCGGGUGAGGACAGCGGGAUUGGAAACGACAGCGAGGGUUUCCGGACUUCGACCGAGCACUCGAUACCACGUCGCAGUGCUGGCAUACAACAGCGCUGGUACCGGGCCACCGUCGCCACGCACCACCGUCACCACCAGGAAGCCACCUCCUAACCGUCCCCCGGGCAACGUGUCAUGGCGGACAGAUGGCUCAUUGGUCAUAAUGCGGUGGGACCACGUGAAGGCCAUGCACAACGAGUCAGCUGUGCUGGGCUACAAGGUCCUGUACAAACACGAGGGCCAGAAUUCACUGAAAGUUCUUGACAAGGGGAAGUCGUCAGUGAGCCUGCCACUGCCCAAAGACAACGGUUACGUUGUGUUAGAGAUUCGGUCCUGGGGAGACGGUGGCGACGGGCCGGCACACGAGAUCAUCGUGUCCCGAGACUCAGGAACUGGUAUGAUGGUGCAGAACGGGGCCUCCUGCACACUGUCCGCUCGCCCCCUGCACCUCCUCACCGGCUUGGUUUUCCUCACUCUUCUAUCUCUGUCGGGCCUGUGAUCUUCUCAGACAUUCUUUGGACUUUCUACUUUGAAAUGGCUUAACACUAAAAUCACCCUGUGUCCCAGCCUGUGUUUUUAUUCUGGUGAGGAAGGUUGUAGCACUACAGGGGAUUAGAAGAACGGGGAAUUCAUUUUUUUGGGAUAAAAACAAAGACGGCCUGUUUUUUUGGUGUUGUUGUUUUUUUUUAAAUGUCUGGAUGGGUUCAUGCAGGCAGGGGGAGCAGGGCAGCCCUGUGUGAUUGGUCGUCAUGGUUGCGCUCUCCGUACUCUGUAGCUGGCGGGACACAGACUUCAGGUGUAAAUGAUCCGUCCAAUCCAUGCUGUGUAUAGCCUGUGUACAGUUACAUCACUUACAUGCUACAUCACUGACAUGGGAUGGAGGUCUGUCUGAGCACACCGAGAUCGAUUUUUCAUGUAGAUGGUGAUCCCUGUGAGACAGCCCUGGCUUUCCCAACCUUUUUCUACAUAUCGUUGCAGAUUUCUUUAUACAUUCAUCCACCCCGAGCACAGCUCUUUCUCCCCAGAACAGUCUAGUUGAGUAGUAUUAUAGGAUUUUAAUGUAUUCCAGGAUACUCAUAACCAACAUGGUGGUAAACUGUAUAGAAAAUUCAAUUUUUUCCCACCAACCGUAGCUUGUAUUUCCACUUUAGUCAGCGUUUGAGCUCAUUUCCCACAUGUAGGACUUUUGACAGAGGAAAGAAUGUGAACUAGGAGGUCAGAAAUCGCCUGUUUCUGUUCACUCAAAAGCAGCACGUACACAUCACGUUGGACUCCCUGGGGGUGACAUUUCCCGGUUACUGCGUCAUCAUGACUUUCGACUACUACUACUUGAAGACGUCUUCAGUAAAAACACCUCUUGUCCUUGUGUGAAGGUCCUUUCACCAAACAUUCAAACCUACAGUUUCUGUUCUACACUGUCACUCUUGAUCACAUCAAACUGCACCGUUUGAGCGUCUCCCCAGCAUCACCCGUGGUCCCUGCUGGUCUGGAGUGUGAACACAGACUAAGAGACUUUCGCUGAAGUCAUGAAGAACUUUUUAUUGUUGAAUACUGUAUGUGCUCUUGAUAAUGUCUGUAUGCUUGUUUGUGUUUUUGCCUCAGCUGUAAUUAUAGCAAUCUACAGAAGUGGUCCACGGGAAUGUUUACUUUUUAUAUGGAUGUUUCACUCUGGGAGAAGUGAAAUUUGAUGGAUGAAAGAGUCAUUCAUUGUGUGUCUACAUUUGUCGUGCCUGCAUAGUUUCUAACAGUUCGGGCAACAGUGUGAAAACGCUUCUCCUCAGUGUUUAUUGGGUUCAUCGCGGCUGCUUUAUGCUGAUGUGUUGGUUCGAUGUUCGGGGCAGCAGGAAGUCAGUGGAAGAAACGAGAGUUGGUCAACAAUGUUAUCUUGAGAGAGCAGUUAAUAGUGUUAGAUUUCAUCUGCAUUGUAAACCUGUCAGCGUCUAUUAGCGCUUAUGUAACAUGUCUGGUUUACUUCAGUUUACAGGAAGAAUCUGGUCUCAGGAUUGUGUAAACGGUUUGCUGUCACAGUUUAAUACUCAGAGUCCAGGACUCGGGGGGAAAAGCUGAUAUGGGUUUUCUGUAACUGCACAACAAAACACAAACAACAGCCCGACAGUCUAGUUUGACUUCUGUUCUGUGUGUAUAAUAUUCAGUUCUCUGUUGCAGGUUCACACCCGCUGCCAAAAAACAAUACCAGUGAAUGAAGUGAUUAAUUAUAUGGUGCAUUAAAAUGUAGGACUGUGACAUUCAUGAUGGUGGAAGAAUUAAUUUGUCAUAUGCGCUUGUGUUUUUCAUCAGGGUUGAGACAUCAUUUGACCUUAGUCGUUCCCAAAUCUUAACAAGCUACACCAUGAGAUUUCAUCCCUCCCAGCCUGGCAACACUGGAUUAGAAUUUAAAAAUAAUAAUAAUAAUGUCGAACACCAGGUCUAAUUUCUAUCUUUCCACUGCAUCACAUAGUUUUUCCUCAACACAUGCAGUUUUCUCAGCUAUCGAUAUGUAUAUAUAUAGAAAUAGAUCAGUUGUCGCCAUGUGACUUAAUUGUAGAACACAAAAAAACAAGCCAACUCUUUUCUUAUUCAUUUUACCUGAUUCUUUGACCAGAAUCCAAAGUAUCAAGGGCUGUUGAUUUAUAUAAGUCAUUUAGUAAAGUGAAAGAUACCAAAAUAGUCCUUUAACUCUCGAGAGGAGAUCCAAAUAAUAGUUUCUUGUUUCAUUUCUUCUUUUUCCACUUAUUAUUAUUAUUUUUAUUAAUACUUAUUUAUUUUUGUAUGGUAUCCUAUUUAAAAUUUGAAUGGUCUGGACAACUAGAAUGUUUUUGUGUUACUCAGUAAUGUUUUUAUUCACUCUGUAAGUGGUUGAAUGCAAGACUACUUGAUUGUAUGACGUUGUGCUUUAUUUUGUCAGAAAAUUAACCGUUUUCAUCUUGUACUUCAGAAUUUACACCAAAUGUUACUCUUAGACAAUGAGUUAACUGUCAUUUGUGUGCAAAUACAAUGUAUUAGGAAACAUUAGGAAAUAUAACGUAUCAUCAUCUGUUUACACUGGAAAGAAAUCAUGACAAAUGUAAAAACUGAAAAACUUUGUAGACUGUUGAGCAGCAGACAGUAAAUUUCUUGAAUGUCCAUAGGUUUUUUCUUGAUCAGUCACAUAGUUCCAAACAGUAUCAGUAAAGAUAUGGGAGUAGGCAAAUCCGGUCUGGUCAGUUGUGCUUCUCUGUGCCUACAAGCUUUUCAAUUCCUGCUGUCUUCAAUACUCAUACACCUUUGCUGUAGUGUCCCAUAAUGCUCUAAAUAUGGAUUCCGUGUAAGUUGUAGCUUGUAGCUCUAGUGAUGAAAUACUUUUGUCGGCGGUCAAAACAAAAUCGGACCAAAUAUGUUGAGCAUAACGCAGUUGCUUCAUGUUUGCACUAUAGUCCACGAGUUGGAAAAAGAACUGUUCAAUGUUGUCCAGGUUUUGUGCUUUUAUGCGUUACUCUGUACAAAGUGUUUUUUCUCGAUGCCUUUUGUAUUCAGUGAAGAGCCAUAAUCUCAUUUCACCAUGUCUGAGUGCUCAGUCACAGAACGUUCUCGCUGAUGUCAAGGUUUACUGGUGGACUGACGGAUUUCUUUACCCACCAAAAUGGUAUCAGCAAGUCUGUCAUAAGGGUGAUGGGUUGAAAACCAUUAGCUAUUGUUGGGUUUUUGGUCAUUUUCAUAUUUGUGUUAGGGAUGCUACUUGUAGAUAUGAUUUCAAAUAAACACACUGGAAUUGUA